CAGGAGAUAUUUAAGGUACAGUGAAGAUGGAAGGACACGAAGCUUCCGAGUGGAGCAAUUUCUACGGAGAACCACAGGAGGCCUAUUCGUCGGUGCCGGUGAGCAGCAUGAACCCGGGACUAGCGAGUACCUACAUGAGCAUGAACACCAUGGGCUCCGGCAGCAACAUGACCUCCGGCUCCUUUAACAUGACCUACGGGAACCCGGCCAUCGGCGCCGGCCUCAGCUCCGGCAUGGGCGGCAUGGCCGGCGGCGGGCCGGCAAUGGGUGCCGGCAUGACGGCGAUGGGCGCGGCUAUCAGUCCCGGCCUCAGCGGCCAGCAGGCCUCGCUGAACGGCCUGAGCCCAUACCCGGGCAUGAGCCCCAUGGCUUACCCGCAGGCCAACGUCAGCCGACCCCGCGACGCCAAGAGCCUGCGCCGUACCUACCCGCAUGCCAAGCCGCCCUACUCCUACAUCUCGCUCAUCACCAUGGCCAUCCAGCAAGCGCCUAGCAAGAUGUUGACCCUCAGCGAGAUCUACCAGUGGAUCAUGGAGCUCUUCCCCUACUAUCGGCAGAACCAGCAGCGCUGGCAAAACUCCAUUCGCCAUUCGCUCUCCUUCAACGACUGCUUCAUCAAGGUGGCGCGCUCGCCCGACAAGCCCGGUAAGGGCUCGUACUGGAGCCUGCACCCGGACUCGGGCAACAUGUUCGAGAACGGCUGCUACCUGCGGCGCCAGAAGCGAUUCAAGUGCGACAAGAAGGCUUCGCUGAAGGCGGGCCCGGACGGGCCGAGGAAGGACGAAGAGACGGCGGUCGGCUCACCGCCCCCGGCUGGAAACAACAGCGCCGGCGGCCGGACCCGUAACCGAGUUGAGCCCAAUCCAGACACGGCGCCCCGCCUCGACCUCAAGUGCCAGGCGCCGGCGGCGAGCUCGACCUCGGCAAUCGGCGGCGCCCUGGGCCCGCAGUCCUCUCACGCACCCCCGCUGUUACAGCCCUUGAGCCACGUGUCGGUGGCGGCCGAGCCGCCGCAGCUUCACCAGCUGAAGGCGGACCCGCACUACUCGUUCAACCACCCCUUCUCCAUCAACAACCUCAUGUCUUCCGAGCAGCAGCAUCACCACAAGAUGGACUUGAAGGCUUACGAGCAGGCUAUGCACUACUCCGGCUACGGCAGCAGCAUGACCAGCGGGCUGCCUCUCGGCUCCGUGGGCAAGAACGGCAUGGAGCCCUCGAUGCUGACCAGCGAAGCUUCCUACUACCAAGGUGUGUAUUCCAGACCUGUUCUCAACACUUCUUAGUCACGAAGCUAAACCCGUCCCGCAAUUGUAAUGACAAACACUUUUCCCGCAUUGGGAUUGCUAAUAAAUGCACCCCGUGUGCAAGGACUGUUACUUUGUAACGUUAAUAUGUAUAGAAACUGUGGAAGUGUAAAGUAGCUGCAAUGUUUGCCGAUGAAUCACGGUUGUAUAUAUCGCAGACACCUGCAGAAUGUAUUUAAUAUUUUUCAGACGUGCUGUAAGAUUUUAGAAUUCGUUGUGAUAUAUUGUUCUCCGUGUCCACUCAACGUUCCCAGUAGCUGCACAGAAGUUGGUUCAAGACUUGAAAAGAUGAGCGUGCGGGUGGUAGUAAUCAACUAAACGGGCUGCUUGGAGAAAAUAAUUAUAUCUUAAUUUUAUGAAACUGCUGUUUCACAGUUUUUUGGAUGCUGUACAGUUUUAAUGAGCCUGGAAGACUGUUUCUUGACUCGGUUUGCAUGAUUUCAACUUUUGCGAAUAAAUUUUUAAAAAGCGGGUUUAUUGUAAAAAAUGAACCAAAUGUUACCUGCAUCAGGAACCUCGAAAAGUUACCUUUUUAUCGUUCGACAAUGACUUUUAAUUAUAAUUUCUACUCGGUGUGUAUGCACUUUCCCCCCCUCGUGUUUAGCUGUCUAGAAAUGUCGGUGUUAGUAAAUAGCCAGGCGGGUUCUUACAGCUUUUCUCAAUGUGCCUAAUUUAUUGCAUGGUCAACUCUAGGUCCUUUAUAGUCUUACGUUGUUUAAAAAUAAUAAUACAAAUUACAAAUGGAAUUUAAGGAGUUGUUAAUUUUGUAUUUGUAAUUCUAUGAAAAUAAAAUUAUUUUGAUUUGAUGAGAAAAUAAAAGGAUAAUUCGC